UAUUCAAAUGAGAUCUGCCUCACCAUAACAAAAAGAGGAAACGGAGUAUGCUAAUUGCAUGUUUACUUUCACUAAUGGAAGAUGAUUCUGCAACAAGUGCUUGGUUGGUUUGCAAAAGGAAGCAUGCAAUCUAACCCACAACGCAAGUUUCUCAUGCACCGCAUUGCUUUUGCAAAAUUCUGCCAGGAAGGACACUUCUCAACUCACGAUCUCUCUAUAUAUAUAGUAUGCUUUUGUACGCUAGCUUUACGGGCAAUGGAGGACGAUCAAGGUCACAGCCAUGGAGGUGCGGUUGCUUCUUCUUCAGGUUACAGGGGUGUCCGGAAGAGGAGAUGGGGCAAAUGGGUAUCUGAAAUACGCGAACCGGGCACCAAAACCCGGAUUUGGCUAGGCAGCUUUGAGACCCCGGAGAUGGCAGCCAUGGCCUAUGAUGUAGCCGCAUUGCACUUUAGGGGCCAUGGGGCUAAGCUCAAUUUUCCUGAGCUGGCACCCAAUCUUCCUCGGCCCGCGAGCUCCGCUGCCGAGCACAUCCGGCUGGCGGCGCAGGAGGCCGCUCUGCGGUUGACCCGGGCGCCCGAGUCAGCCGGCCAGUCAGGAUCAGGUUCUGGGUCGGGACCAGUCCGGGUCGGUCUGUCGCCGAGUCAGAUUCAGGCGAUCAAUGACUCGACGUUGGACUCGCCGAGGAACUGGACCGAGUUGGCUCAGACCGUAUUCUUAGACGAGUCAAUGAUCAUGUCUUGUGAGUUGGAGAUAAGUGAGUGGGAUGAGGAGGAGGUUAAAGUCAAUGAGUCACUCUGGGAUUAAAGCUUAGGUAACAUGAAAACCAUACACUAAAAUAAUUAACAAAAAAAUUAGUGUCAUUACCUUUUUAACAUAUGAUAUUAAUUGGGAUUUUUUAGGGUUGGGAGUAUAUGUAUAAGUUUGUACAAGUUCAUUCCAUUUGACAUGAAAUGAGUUGGUUUUUGAUGGCUCAUUUGUGAGGGUUUUGGUGGGUGAAAAUGUGGGGGUUUAGGGGCCACAAUUUCCAUGUAUAAGUAGUGAGUAUAUUGAGAUGAAGUUUGUGUGGUGUAAGUUCUUUGAUAGUUGUUAUAUUUUAUGUAAUAGAAUCAUUGGAGUAAUCAUCAUUCAAAUGAGGUUUGUUUUCAUUAA